CUCCUUCCAGGCCUGGUGGUCACCCAUCCUCAAGGCUGCAGCCCACAAACCUGGGAUUCCUUGCUGGGGGGCGUCCUUUGGAGCCUCAGGGGUUCAUGUGUGAUGGCAAGAUGGCACAAGACGGAGAAGACUGGCGUAGCUAUAUACAAUUUCAAAGGCACAGGAAUACCUCAACUACCUCUUCAGAUUGGUGAUGUGGUCCAUAUCUUGGAGUCCUGUGAAGAUUGGUACAAGGGUUACCUGGUGAGAUACAAAGGAGCAGAGGGAAUAUUUCCUAAAUCCUUCAUCCACAUUAAGGAAGUUACUGUUGAAAAGAAAAGGCAUACAGAAAACAUAAUACCUUCUGAAAUUCCUCUAGUUCAAGAAGUUACCACUACUCUCUGGGAAUGGGGAAGCAUCUGGAAACAGCUCUAUGUGACAAACAAGAAGGACAGGUUCCAGCAGGUGCAGUCCAUGAUGUUUGACUUGAUGGAGUGGCGGUCACAGCUCCUGUCCGGGACUUUGCCGAAAGAUGAGCUCAAAGAACUCAAACAGAAAGUCACUUCCAAAAUUGACUAUGGUAACAGAAUCCUUGAGCUCGACCUAAUAGUUAGAGAUGAAGAUGGAAAUAUCUUGGAUCCAGACAAAACCAGUGUCAUCAGCCUGUUUCAUGCACACGAAGAAGCCACCAAUAAAAUCACUGAGCGAAUCAAGGAGGAAAUGUCCAAGGAUCAGCCAGAUUAUGCUUCGUAUUCCCGAAUGUCGUCAUCCCCAACCCACAGCCUCUACGUGUUUGUGAGGAAUUUCGUUUGCCGGAUUGGAGAGGACGCAGAGCUCUUUAUGUCACUGUACGACCCACAGAAAUCAACAAUUAUAAGUGAGAAUUACUUGGUGAGAUGGGGGAGUCGAGGCUUUCCAAAGGAAAUUGAUAUGCUCAACAAUCUCAAAGUGGUGUUCACAGAUCUUGGAAAUAAAGACCUUAGCAGAGACAAAAUUUAUUUAGUUUGUCAAAUAGUCCGAGUUGGGAAGAUGGACCUGAGGGACAGUAAUUCCAAGAAAUACACCCAAGGACUGCGGAGGCCUUUUGGGGUGGCAGUCAUGGAUAUUACAGAUAUCAUAAAAGGGAAAGCUGAAAGUGAUGAAGAGAAGCAGCACUUCAUUCCCUUUCACCCGGUGGUGGCAGAGAAUGACUUUUUACACAGUCUCCUAAGCAAAAUCACUGCUUCAAAAGGAGACAGUGGGGGACAAGGUGUCUGGGUGACUGUGAAAAUGCUUGUUGGAGAUGUGAUUCAGACUAGAAAGGACUACCCACACUUGGUAGACAGAACCACAGUUGUUGCUAGAAAGCUGGGAUUCCCUGAAAUCAUCAUGCCAGGAGAUAUAAGAAAUGACAUAUAUAUUACACUGCUGUAUGGAGAUUUUGAUAAAUACAAUAAAACAACUCAGAGGAAUGUGGAAGUGAUAAUGUGUGUCUGUGAUGAAGAAGGAAAAACGUUGCCAAACGCCGUCUGUCUGGGCGCGGGGGACAAGCCCGUGAGCGAGUUCCGAUCGGUUGUUUACUACCAGGUCAAACAGCCGCGCUGGAUGGAGACACUGAAGGUAGCAGUGCCUAUCGAAGACAUGCAGAGGAUUCACCUGCGCUUCAUGUUCAGGCACAGGUCGACCCAAGAGUCCAAAGAUAAAGGAGAAAAGAAUUUUGCCAUGGCUUACAUAAGACUAAUGAAGGAGGAUGGAACAACUCUGCAGGAUGGCAUCCAUGAUUUGUUAGUCCUAAAGGGGGACAGUAAAAAAAUGGAGGAUGCUGGUGCUUAUCUGACAUUACCCUCUACACGUCAGCACGUGGAAAACAAAGGAGCAACCUUAGUCAGGAGCUCGAGUGUGGUGGGGGGGCUCUCAGUGAGCUCCAGGGAUGCAUUUUACAUUUCAAGCCUCGUUUGUUCUACCAAGCUGACUCAGAAUGUGGGCCUGCUGGGUCUCUUGAAGUGGCGGAUGAAGCCGGAGCUGCUUCAGGAGAACCUGGAGAAGCUGAAGAUUGUGGAUGGAGAGGAAGUUGUGAAGUUUCUCCAAGACACGCUGGAUGCCCUGUUUAACAUCAUGAUGGAACAUUCCCACAGUAAUGAGUAUGACAUCCUUGUCUUUGAUGCACUGAUCUACAUCAUUGGGCUCAUUGCAGACCGUAAGUUCCAGCACUUUAACACUGUUUUGGAAGCCUAUAUCCAACAGCAUUUUAGUGCAACACUGGCAUACAAGAAAUUAAUGACUGUUCUGAAGACAUACCUGGAUACUUCCAGCAGAGGGGAGCAAUGUGAGCCUAUCCUAAGAACUCUGAAAGCACUGGAAUAUGUUUUCAAGUUCAUUGUUAGAUCAAGGACAUUAUUUUCACAAUUGUAUGAAGGCAAAGAACAGACAGAAUUUGAAGAAUCCAUGAGGAGACUCUUUGAAUCCAUCAACAACCUGAUGAAAAGCCAACAUAAAACUGCCAUUUUGCUGCAGGUGGCUGCCUUGAAGUACAUCCCGUCGGUUCUUCAUGACGUCGAAAAGGUCUUUGAUGCCAAGUUGCUGAGCCAACUCCUGUAUGAAUUUUACACUUGCAUUCCACCGGUGAAGCUCCAGAAGCAGAAGGUGCAGUCCAUGAAGGAAAUAGUCCGCAGCAACCUCUUUAAAAAGCAAGGAUGCAGGGACAUUCUGCUCCCUGUGAUUACAAAAGAGCUGAAGGAGUUACUGGAGCAGAAGGACGAUCAGCAGCUCCAGGUCCAAGAGAAGAAGCACUGUGUGGAAUUACUCAACAGUAUCCUGGAGGUUCUGAGCUCUCAAGACCCUGCUUCAACUUAUCACCAUAUCCAAGAAAUAAUGGUGCAGUUGUUACGUACAGUGAACAGAACUGUUAUUACAAUGGGGCGAGAUCCCUUAAUUAGUCAUUUUGUGGCGUGCAUGACAGCCAUCCUAAACCAGAUGAGUGACCAGCAUUAUUCAGUGUACAUUGAAACUUUUCAGACAAGCUCAGAACUAGUGGACUUCUUGAUGGAAACAUUCAUAAUGUUCAAAGAUCUCAUUGGGAAGAAUGUUUACCCUUCGGACUGGAUGGCGAUGAGCAUGGUGCAGAACAGGGUGUUCUUGAGAGCCAUCAAUAAAUUUGCGGAGACGAUGAACCAGAAAUUUUUGGAGAAUAUGAAUUUUGAAGUCCAACUGUGGAACAACUACUUUCAUUUGGCUGUGGCUUUUAUUACCCAAGAUUCACUACAACUGGAAAACUUUUCCCAUGCAAAAUACAACAAAAUCCAGAACAAAUAUGGAGAUAUGAGGCGAUUAAUUGGCUUUGCCAUCCGUGACAUGUGGUACAAACUUGGCCAGAACAAAAUCUGCUUCAUCCCUGGGAUGGUGGGACCCAUCUUGGAAAUGACUCUCAUUCCAGAAGUGGAACUGCGAAAGGCCACGAUCCCAAUUUUCUUUGACAUGAUGCUGUGUGAAUAUCAGAGGACAGCAGAAUUCAAAAAGUUUGAAAACGAAAUCAUUCUGAAGUUGGAUCAUGAGGUGGAAGGAGGACGAGGGGAUGAACACUACAUGCAGUUGUUUGAGUCCAUCCUUAAAGACUGUGCCCAGGAGCACCCUGGCAUUUCUGACCUGGUGGAAAGGUUUGUCAGCCUCGUUAAAGGCCUCCUGGAGAAGCUGCUGGACUACAGGACCGUGAUGAACGACGAGAGCAAGGACAACCGCAUGAGCUGCACCGUGAACCUGCUGAAUUUCUACAAGGACAUCAACCGUGAAGAGAUGUACAUCAGGUAUUUGUAUAAAUUGCGAGAUCUUCAUUUAGAUUGUGAGAAUUACACGGAAGCAGCAUAUACCCUUCUGCUCCAUACGUGGCUCUUGAAGUGGUCAGAUGAACAGUGUGCACCCCAAGUCAUGUCAACGGAGUUCCAGUGCUCGCAGACCUAUCGACACUUGAAAGAGAAUUUAUAUGAAAAGAUCAUAGAGUACUUUGACAAAGGAAAGAUGUGGGAAGAAGCCAUAUCUUUGUGCAAAGAGCUUGCAGAGCAAUAUGAAAAGGAAGUUUUCGACUAUGAGCUUCUAAGUCAAAACCUGAUUCAGCAAGCAAAGUUCUAUGAAAACAUCAUGAAAAUUCUGAGACCCAAACCAGACUAUUUUGCUGUUGGGUAUUAUGGCCAAGGAUUCCCCACAUUUCUACGGAACAAAGUGUUCAUCUAUCGUGGGAAGGAAUAUGAGAGGAGGGAGGAUUUCCAGGCACAGCUGAUGAGCCAGUUCCCCAGCGCAGAGGAGAUGAACACCACGGCAGCUCCCGGGGAGGAUGUGAAAAACUCUCCUGGGCAAUAUAUCCAGUGUUUUACAGUGCAGCCAGUCCUGGAGGAGCAGCCCAGAUUCAAAAAUAAGGCAGUACCUGAUCAAAUUAUAAAUUUUUACAAAUCCAACAAUGUGCAGCGGUUCCACUACUCAAGGCCAGUCAGAAAAGGAUCUGUUGACCCUGAAAAUGAAUUUGCUUCCAUGUGGAUUGAGAGAACUUCAUUUGUCACGGCUUACAAACUGCCCGGAAUUCUGCGCUGGUUCGAGGUGGUCUCCACGACACUGACCGUAAUUAGUCCUUUAGAGAACGCUAUUGAGACCAUGUCCACGACCAAUGAAAAAAUUCUGAUGAUGAUUAACCAGUACCAGAGUGAUGAGAACCUUCCCAUCAAUCCACUUUCCAUGCUUCUGAAUGGAAUUGUAGAUCCAGCUGUUAUGGGGGGCUUUGCUAAAUAUGAGAAGGCUUUCUUUACAGAAGAAUAUGCCAGAGACCAUCCAGAGGAUCAAGAAAAGCUGAAUAGACUCAAAGACCUGAUUGCUUGGCAGAUACCUUUCCUUGGGGCUGGAAUUAAAAUCCAUGAAAGAAGAGUUUCUGACAAGCUUCGUCCUUUCCAUGACCGGAUGGAGGAAUGUUUCAAGCAUCUCAAAGUCAAAGUGGAAAAACAAUAUGGAACCAGAGAGCUGCCAGAUUUUGAUGACAAGAGAGUGGGAAGGCCGAGGUCAAUGCUGAGAUCCUACCGUCAGUUGUCCAUUAUUUCACUGGCUUCCAUGAAUUCAGAGUGCAGCACUCCCAAAAAACUUGCUUCAGAAAGCUUUGAUCUGGAAGCAUUGCUACCAAAGCAAGGCAAAGCAGAACCAGAGGAGACCGCUCCACAAAUUAAUCCUCAUCCCGAAGUCAAGAUGAGAAAGUCCAAAAAAAGAACAAAAAGAAGCAGUGUGGUGUUUGCUGAUGAGAAGACGGCACCUGAUCUUUCUGUGUCUGACAUGAAAUGUCUCUCAAGGAAGUACGAGUUCAUGAGUGACACCAACCUCUCAGAACACGUGGUGGCACCUCAGAAAACAUCUGUCCUCAAGCAGAUGAGCACUGUCAGUCGUUCUAUGCCAACGAUCCCAGGACUAACUCUGUCCGUCAGCACAGCAGCACCCGAUGGGACAAUUGCCUCACACAGGCUGAGCCAGCCGGUGUUCCCUUCCACCUCAGAGACCGACAAGAAAACCUUCAAAAAGAAGAAAGUGAACCAGUUAUUUAAAACAAUGCGCAUUUCCAGAGUUAUGGAGGAUGGAAAGCAGUCUGUGGAGCACCAUUUCAAACCUUCAUCUACAGAUCUGUGAUUAAUUGUGUUACAAGGCCACUGCUCAGCUGAAAAAAUAUAUAUACAGACAUAUAUUCUAUUUUAGAGCACCAUCUACUCCAAAGAAAGGCACUGAUGGCUGAUGGAGAAUGUGAACAGCACUCCCGGGCUCUGAUACUUGGGAUACAGAGACAGGAAUAACAUUUGAAGAAAACACUGCAGGAUGUGGGACAGAAGGACACCGAGCCUCUGGUUAUACAGGUCGAAGGGAAUGGUGUGAUCCCCAGGGACAAACCUCGUUCCUGGGAAGUGAGCGGGACUGAAGGGCCACCUGCAAUGCUCUGUGUGUGAUGUGGGGCAGAUCCUGCCCUUCCCAAAGUGCAGGGGAGCCCUGGUUUUCUGUAGCUUGCACAGACACACUCCAGCUGUCUCUGCACCCUCUGGCAGUGUAGUCAAGGCAACAGAUGGCUCAGCACAAAAUAGCCACUGACGAUUUACUGCGUGGCUGUAUCUGGGUUUCCAGCCCCCAGAUCCCUCUGCUGCUCCCAGCACCUUCCCUGUAUCCUCAGUCCUUCCUGGGUGAUGGCCAUGGCUGUGACACCGCCUGCCUGAGUGAUUUUCAGAACAGCAGCUGUCGUGUUGAAAACAUGCAAGAGUUUAUUUCCACGUGUACAAAUUGGCAUGACAUCUGGCAGUGUGAUGAACAAAAGCUGCAUUUUCUGCUGUUCAAUAAAAUGUUGAAAGUCUGUUUUACUUGCCUUGAACCUUUCUCCCUGAAAUCUCUAGGUAUCAUCCUGUAAAAGGGAACAGUUUCUUGCUGACAUGGAAUUCUGUGAGUCCAAGUUCUCUGCUUUUGAACUGAUUUUCUGUGUCUUCCCAGCUCCAGAGGUGGAGCUGGAAGAUGAUGCCUCACUGGUGAGAAGCUCCACAGCAGGUCAGCAUCUUAUUACCUGUCAGUUCUUUCUACAGGCAGGUAAGUCAUCCGAACAGGGGGCUUUCUAAAAGAUGAAUAAUUGAUUUCCUUCACUCACCCUUUUAUGUGUCAGACACCUACACUGGUUUAUAUAAAGUAAAUAAAAUAUGACCAUGUUGUAGUGCUGUGGAGGGGGGAGACUGGCCUUGCUGCCAUUUAUAUGGAUACAGGAAAGGCAAAGGGGUUGAAGUCAAUCCUUGCUGAGAGGUUGAAUCCAUGGAAAGACACCUACAGCUUGUUCCAAUCAUAAGUAUUUCUAUCAACACUUUUAGUGUGAAUAAUUAAUUUUAAGAAUUCAGAUUCUCUUUGCUAGUUGUCAGAGUGAAGCUGUUUUCCACAGGGGUAGUUAGUGAUUGUUUCCUGGGAGAGGUUUGAAAUAUUCCCCGUUGGAACGAACACUGCACCGAGAAAUGCUUUUCACCAGAACAACCACAGACAGCAAAAUGGGUCCAGUUUUAACACCAGCUACAAGGCUUCUCCAGGGAGAACCCCUCUGUUUAGUAGAGAAUGUUGUCUGUGAGUGGGAGAAAGUGAGAGGUUGAGGUGUGCACGUUCAACACCUGAGGGAAGAGGAGAGAGGGUACCCAAGCUGGCCUCCAAUCUUACUUGCAGACAUCACAAAGCUGUCACAAAAUAAAUAAUUCUUUUAAAAGAAAAGUUUUGGCUCUGUUGGAAAUGAGUAAGAAAAGGAUGAUUCAGCAACUGUUUGUCAAAAUACCUGUCAAAGGCUAACUUUUGCAUGGUGUCUUGCAGCUUUGUUUCCAGGUGAGUGGAAAAAUAAGAGUUUUACCUCAAAGUGUUGUUAUGAAUUGUUACUGAAGUAGUGCGACUCAAAAUAAAAAAGUAUGAAAAGUGGGAGUGAGGUAGGAGCCCAGAAACCAAUACCAGGAAGGCAGGAACAGUGUCCAAAGAAAGCUUGUGUUUUGCUCAGGUUUUAGUACAGUUUUUGGUGGAAGGCUUAGAUUUGCAUUUCAUUUACUAAAGAUCAGCAACAUUUUUAUUAGUUGUCCCACACCCCAGAUUGGCCUCUACCUGCCAGCCCACGUUUCAAGCCUGAAAUCAUGAAAGUCAACUAGGAAAACCGAACUCAGAAAACCAAAAUUAAGAAAAAAUAAAUGUCAGGGGCAAUUUCCAGAAACUGUGGAUACUGACAUUAAGUCCAAAAAAACAACAUAGCACGAAGGACAAUUGAUGCCCUGGGAUAACAAACUGCCAGUGUGGCAAUCUGGCAAAGUUUGGUUAAAAAUGUCGUUUCUGUCACAAGCUCAGCAGGCCCUUAGCUCUUGUGUGCAGAGGAAGGUCUGCUCAGGUGGCACAGAACAUCCCACAUUCUUUGAGGUGAAGCCCAGAGGGCAGGGAUUUACUCCAGGGUGCUGUCUAAGGGAAUUACUGAAGCAGGGGUGGCUGCAGUUGUGAUCUGUACAGCCCUGCCACCUCUCACCGUGCAAGUCAGGAAAAAACAACGAUGUUCUCAUAUGUUUUUUGUGUCAGUUAUUCCCCUUCUCUCCCGUGUUUCAAAUAGGCUGGACAGUGCCAGUCUGGAGUUCUGUUGUGUGGCACAAAGUAACAAUUGGGUCGUGUGGGUAAUUAAUGAUGUGUUUGCAGGGGGUGGGAAAGCUGCUUUGCAGCUGAGGUUUGGCGUGCAGGGAGCUGAUACAGCACGGGAUGCAUUUAAGCUGCAGGAUGUAUGUUCAGUUUAGGCAGAUGGCUGAGUUUUGGACAGACUCAGGUACCUGGGAAGCUCUCAUGGAGUGCAACACCAUGCCAGGGAUGCUGGUCCAGCUCCAGGAGAGCUGCUGUGUCAGUGCAGCACAAGGUCUGGUCUCAGACAGCAAAAGUUGGCAUUCACCCACAUCAGGGUACUCAGAGUGUCCUUAUCUGCCCUGGGCAUCCAGCCUGCCCUUGUUUGUGCCAUGCGGUGAUCCCGAGUCCUCAUUAUGGAAUUAUGACUUAACUGUUCGCUUUGGCAGGGAAUUUAAUUCUCUUAAAAUUUCUAUAAAAAUUAGCUGGUGUGAGCUGUAGGAAGGUGAUCAGAGUCUAAGUCAAUAAGGAUCAAGUUUCUGAGGAGGAAGGAGAGUUUUAUUAAAGAUUUUACAGACCUCAGGAACACAUUGUUCCUGGACUGGGAAUUAAUGUGUGAUAGAGCUGUGUACCUGCUCAGGGACUGCUCGACAUUGAACUUUUAUCUGUGUCACACACACCUGUAACCUUCUUUAUUAGACAACAGAGAUUGUGGGUGAGUAGAAUCAUGGAAUGGUUUGGGUUGAAAAAGACCCUUAAAAAGUCCCAAACACCAGUGGGGGUUUUUGGUGCCACGUUAGUUAUUCUGUGAGGAGUCCAUAGACACAUUAGGCACAAAUGGAUUUCUGUUUUCCUUUUCCUUAUUGGUAUUAUUUGGCCUGGCUUUUGGCUUUUUCCCUAUUCCCCCAAUUUGUUUUGUCAAGUCCCUGCCCUUUCUUUAAGGACUCAUUGAACCAGAUUCUGUCUCUCUGUCUUGGGACACCACAGCAGAGAGAGAGGAUUGGCUUUGUUCAUAAUUUCAGAAGGGCAGAGUUUUAAAUUAAGAAUUUUCUGGUCUGUUUAUGGUUGAUAGAAGGAAGCUGUAAUGGAAUAACAGCAGAAAGUUUCACUCAGUCUGGAGGACAUAAAGUAUCCAGAGAGUCAAUGAGGAUGUUUUAGCACCAAGUACAAUAUUCUAUUGAGUGUCCUAAGGCAGCAGCCCUUUUACUGUAAGAACUACCCGAAGGGCAGUUAAUCACCUGAGCAGGCAAAAACCAAUAAACCCGCUCCAAGCACUUGUCCAGAGCUCUAAGAAAAGCGGGGGAGUGGAUGGGCAGGUCAAUGCUUUUGAUAUUCAUGGCUUUGCUGGUGUUCGUUUCAUGGCUGGUGGCAAUGGUGCAGCAAACUCUUUCAUUCACAAUCAGUUCAGGUACGUGGAAAGAAAACACUUGGAAUGAUGGCAAACUACUGAGACGCUGAAGUGGACUGAGAUUGAUUUGACCUAAUCAGUUUGAAUGUGAAGUCUCUCAGCAGCUCCACAGCUGGUAAAUCACCCACUCCAGUCUAUACCCAGAGCCCUGAUGAGACUUUGCAUGGAUUGCACUAAUGAGUAUGGAUUUCUGCUCGGGGCUGGGAUAAAUCCAUAAGUAUUUUGUUGUUCUUACAACUGUACAGACUCUGGAUCAAAGCUGCUGACUAUGUAGGAGCAUUUUUGAAAUAAUGAUACAGCUUAAAUCACUAAAAGCUCCUCACGUUCACAGCCAU